UUGAUGCAGGCAGAGUAGAUCCUCCUUCAAACAGUUAUGUCUCUGCACUCUUCUCUGCCUCAUAAUAUCAGACAGAACCUGACCAAUCUCACUGGUACUCUUUUUAUCAGCAAUAAAACUCGAGACUGUGGCGAUGCAUCGAACAAUAUCCCAGUCAAUGAGACAGUGUCCAGCCUCCCUUUACAGAUGACACUGUAUUUCAAUGUCAUCUUCUUUCCAUUCUGGUGGGUGUCAGAAGUGUUUAUGAUCCAUCUUAAGUACAACAUGUUGCCAGGAUACUACCAAUGGCUACUGCUGGCUGCUAUAAUAAUUAUCACGGUGAUUGAAAGUAUUCGGCUGUGUCUGGGCUACAUGGGAAACUUGGAAGAAAAGCUGCCAGAGUUAGCUGGAUUUUGGUUGCUUUCCUUUGUCAUUCAGCUACCUAUCAUCUUGUUCCUCCUCAUCGAUGAAUCCAUCAUCAUCGUACCCCUGGAAAGGGGUAUGAAUAUUAUCUACUCCAUAUUCCUGGUUUUUGAGUUGGUUCUGGGAUUCCAGGCCCUAAGGAAAAUGACGAAUCACCUAACAAAAGGCUUCUACCUCCAACAGUUUCAGGAGCCAGAGUAUCCUCAACGGCACAAAAGAAGUCAAGAAGCUGGAAUUCCAUUUGGGAGUGGUUCUAUUUUCCUCGUGUAGUGGGCCAAGGACUUUCAAAUGCAUUAACUCUUACAAUUGAUCCAGUUGGCAUUGCCACCAUGUGGAGAUCCAGGCUUCUCUGCCACUUCUCAGGUAAAAAGCUCCUUGUUGUAGCAACAUUGACUUCUCCAGAGUAAUAAAGAAUAUUUUAUGACCUGAGCUUUCAUGAAGAAACAUUAAUCUAUGCUGUCAGUAGAACAAUUGACCCAACAAUUUUUAAA